AUGACAACCAUAGGUGUUAAAAGGUCAGCAGAGGUUAUCGUGGAAACGGCUUCCUCUAAAAAGCUCAAACUUUCUGAAAAAGUGGAAGAGGAAGAGGACUCGUUAGAUGAACUCGACUCAAAGGAUGAACUUGAUUCAAAAGAUGAAAAUUCAAAGGAAGAUGAAGAUGAAAAUUUAAAGGAAGAUACUGAUAAAGAGGAUGGUGUUGAAACAUCAAAGACAUCGUCUAAGGAGGCCCAUGAAGCACAGAGAAAGCUUCUUCAGGACAGAAAGAUAAAGAGAAAGUCAGGCAUUGAGGUGGAACAAAUCAAAAAACUAUGGGAGAAACUCCGUGUCAGGAACCCUCCUGUUCCCAAGGAAGUCAGAAAGAAGCUUAGUGAUGAAACCUGGAAGUUAUGCCACGGUGUUAUUGGAGACUUGGUGUUGAAGCAUGAUGCAUCCAGAGUGGUUCAGACCUUGGUGAAAUUUUCUAGUAAGGAAAGAAGAGAUCAGAUAUGUAAAGAGUUGGAGCCAUACUAUUAUCCCCUUGCCAUUUCCGCUUACGGUAAGUACCUUUUAGUGAAGCUCUUGCAUUAUGGAUCUAAAGAAAGCCGCACUUUGAUCAUUAACUCACUUCAAGGAAAGUUCCGUAAGCUUCUUAGACAUAGAGAAGGUGCUUACGUUCUUGAGGAUUUGUAUGUGCUAUAUUCAACAUCCAAGCAACAGAGACAGAUUCUUAGAGAGUUCUGGGGUUCCAAAUAUGCAGUCUUUUCUGAUGAUAGUAUGGAUGACCUCACCAUUCAGAAAGCAUGUGCAGAAUCUCCGGAGAAGAGAAGAAUUAUCACCAGUAAUUUAGCCACUGCUAUACAAGCAGCUGUUGAAAAAGGAUCAACUGGUUUCCAGAUGUUGCACGCUGUAAUGAAAGAAUACAUCAAAGUUUUCGAAGGUGACGAAGUGAGAGAAUUCAUCGAUCUGGUGAAGGAUCAGGUUGCGGAGAUGGUCCAUACACCAGAAGGAUCCGAGGUUGCUUGUACUGUAGUUGCAAUGGCUAAUGCUAAAGAAAGAAAAUCCAUUCUUAGAGGCUUGAAACCUCAUGCUAAUCUUAUGGCCAAGAACGAGUACGGUUAUACAGUGUUACAAAUGAUAUUCAUGACAGUUGAUGAUACAAGGCUUGUUGACAAGAGCUUUUCUAGCGAAUAUAGUGAGAGUUUUGUUGAGAUUCUCUCCGACAAGUAUGCUAGAAGACCGUUUUUGUACCUUCUUAACGGCCUUGACAAGGCCUACUUUUCUCCUAAAGCGCUCAAAGAGUUGGAGAAAUACCUCAAGCUGUCAGAAGAGACGUCCAAGAAGCCUCAAGAAAAGAGAAGAAAGGAACUUCUUAACUGCUUUAUGCCUCUAUUCUACAAGACUUUAUCUGAACAUGCAUAUGAACUCUUGAGCGAGAACAUGGGCUCACAGUUUGUUCAAGAACUUAUUAUGAAUAAUGAAUUGCCUGAAGAGUCCGCCGAACUAAGAGAGAAAGCAUUAGGAACCAUUAUUGAUGGAGUUAAGGGUGAUAUUACUAAAGAGAGUCAUCUUAUUCACAAAAAGUACACUGAGAGAUUACUCAAAUCCCUCUUACAGGGGGGUAAGUGGAACAGGGAGAGGAAAGAAGUUGACCAGAUCGCUGGUAUUGGAAUUGGAUACGAUUUUGCCAAGAAAUUCGCCAGUCAGCUAUUUGAUUCUGGUGAAGAUGAAGAAGCAUUAAAGAUGUGGAUCUCUGAUAAUGGAGGUGCUUUUGUGCUUGUAGGUCUUGUGGACUGCUUUAAACUUCAUGAGAAGGACGCUGAUGCCAGUAAGUUACUAGAUUCUUUGAGAAAUCAAAAGGAAUUCAUUGAACAACACGAGGAAAACUCCAAGGGAGCACAUCUUUUGAGAACGAUUUUGGAUUAA